AUGAACCUAAAGCAACAGAACAAAAGAAAAAACACAAGCGGAGAGGAUAGGAGGGCUUCCACACCCACCCCACCGCCGCCGUCCGUUCCAGACACCGCUUCCUUGUCCCCAACAGCACAGACAGCCUCAAACCAAGGCGCUAAGCAGCGCUGUGAAAUUCACACGCGCAAGCCAUACACUAGGAACCGGCCACGACACCCGAGGAAAAACCGGCCGGGUGAGGAGACGCCAGGCGGCCCCCUGUCAUCUGAGGACAACACGCCCAGGAGAGAAGUGGCAGGACACAGGAGGAGUUGCCCCGAAACAAGCCCGCAGCCUCCCCACUUUCUUGGGAAUGCCAUGCCCUCCGCAGCCGGGAGAGGCCAGGCCACAGGGCUUGGCGCCGGGUCCCGGGUGGGGGCAGCCGAGGGAGGCGCCCCCCGCAAGGCCGGGCGCCCCGAAGAGCCCGCGGCCAGCCCGGCCCCGCCUCGGGGACCCGAUAGGAGAUCGCUCCCCGCCCAGCCGCGAGCUGGGGCUGCCGUGAGGAGGCGGCGGAGGAGACGAGAUCCGGGGCCCCGCCGCCGGGUCAUCAUACCCCCUGCGCGAGCCGGCCCGGGCCCCGGCCCCCGCCCCCCGGAGCCGUCCCCGCGCCCGUCCCGCGGGGGGAGCCCUCUCAGCCUCCCGCCCGCUCCACCGCCCGGCCCCUCUCCGCCGCCGCCGCCGCCUCUGACCCGCGCGCUCCCUCCUCGGCCUCCCGCUGCUGUCCGGGGCCACCGCCGGGCCCCUAGCUCCGCAGCCGCGGUUGUCGCCAGACCCGACAAGCUGAGCGCCGAGCGUCCGCCCUCAUCCGGCCCGCCCCGCCUCACGGGAACUAGUCCCGGGUCCCGCGCCAUGACACCUACUGAGGCGGAAGUCCGGGAGAGCAGGAGGAUUACGACGACCUCAUAUUACGGGACAUUUUGAGGAUUGGGUUCCAGCAGAAGUGAUGACUUUGGCCGAACAUGAUCUUGAGUGAAGACUAUGCCUGUGGGAUUAAAGAGAAAGAGUCGAGGACUUCCCUGGUGGCGCAGCAGAUAGGAAUUCACCUGCCAAUGCAGGGGAAACUGGAUCGAUCCUUGGUCCGGAAAGAUCCUGCAGGCAACUAAAGCCUGUGCACCACAACUACUGAAGCCCGUUUGCCUAGAGCCUGUUCUCCCCAACAAGAGAAGCCGCCACAAUGAGAAGCCUGUGUACUGCAACCAAGAACAGGAAAGUGACUCAAGAGAGAGGUGGUGGUGCACAAUAUUGUGAAUGCAUUAAAUGCCACUGAAUUGUACACUUAAAAAUGGUUGUUUGUUAUGUGAAUUUCACCUCAAUUUUAAAAAAAAGGAGGAUGGAAGUUUGCAGGAU